AUGAGUUCCGUUUAAAAAGAAUUACAGAUUUCAAAUUGCAGCGAUCGUGGACUCUAUUAAGAUGGAUCAUGCUAAUGUGAUUUGGGGUACUUCGGAGAGGAUUGUGAGUUGAAACUGGAAGAACUCCACAUGGCAACUUAUUAUACUUUUAUAGGAUUCUUCUUAAUACUCUUUACAAUCCUCCUUCUUUUCACUUUAAAACAAUUCUAACAAUCUCUCAAAAUGAAUAAAAUCCCUUCCUAUCAGAAGUAUGAAAAUAGAUGA